UAAGAAUCUAUGUAUAAAAAUUUGAUAUGAUAAUAAUCUAUCAAAUAUACUUAUGAAUGGUUUAAUGUAUUUUGGGAUCCUUAAUUCUAAGCCUCCACACCUUUUAUUUCUUAUUGACGAUCUAUUCGAUUAGGCUUAUCUCCAACAUCUGAAACAUGUAAACAAAAUAUGAACAUCUUAACCUCAAAUUAUUGAUGAAACUAAUUAUGUUUUAUAUUGAUGAUAUAAAAGUAACAGAAAUUUUAAAAAAACCAAUAUGAAAUCAUCUCUCAAACGAAUCAAUAAUUUAACUAACGUAUACAAUUGCUCCAAGAAAGCUUACAAAAUUCGUUUUAUCGAUUGGACCAAACGUCGAUUACUCCUCAAAAAUAAUCAGUAUAUUUUUACCGCGCUUUUAUUCCUGUCACUUUUGGUUCUUUCGCUCAUCUCGAUCCCCACCUCCCAUUGGUCCACAUUUGCCAAUAUCGAAUCGUCUUCCCCUAUAAUACCUUACCAUCAUAGUUAUUCGCACUUAUAUAUCAACAAAGGUAGCUCCAAUAGAAAUAAUAUUGGCAAUGAUGUGCACAAAGUCUCUGCUUUUCGACACGUAUCAAUAAGCCCCAUAUCAUACCAAUCCACCCUCUCUAAAUCAAAACUACAUUUUUUGGGAAAUUUUAUCCACAAAUUAUCCUCUAUGCUCAUCUUAAACGAUCCGAACACCGAUAACACAAAAAAAGGCCACGAACAGAGCAAUUACAAUGAAUUUUUUGAAGAUUUGCUGCCAUUAAAUUCAAUCGGUGGUUCUAAAGCUAAUCGACAAUUACUUCAUAAUAACCAUAUUCGAUCUAUGGCUUCUCGAUUUUGGCUACAACUGGAUGAUACUGUAACUAAUUUGGCUCCGUCGGAAUGCCGAAACACUUUACAGGGACCUUUCUUUGUCACCGACGAGAAAGGCUAUCUAUGCCCUCUAGCCCACUUACUAGCUAACGGUUGUUGCGAUAUAAAUCGUAGUUAUCAUGAUACGGUAUCUAGCGGCAAUAUGGAUAUCAAAAAUAGCUCUUCCAAGCAAUUUAAAUCUUGGCAGCAGGAAUCGGAGAAUGAUACGACUAGUCUUGACGAUAUAAUCUCUGGAACCAAACCCCAAUCGAUUAUAAAUUUAAACAACUCGGAUCGCCUGGGCGCCAAUAAUGAAAACAACCAAACGCGUCGCUACGUGUGCGACAGUUGUGAAACCUUGUCCCGUUGUUGUUCAUCAUACGAACAUUGCGUUUCCUGUUGCCUAUCCCCUUCUAAUUAUCUCAUUAUACGAGCCGUUAUGACCCGUUAUGGAGAACGGGACGCCACGCUUUCAGCUGCGCGCGAUACUUACGAGGCCUGCCUGGCUAAAUGUAGGACGUCUGGCGUUAGCGUCACCCACGAGAAUGCCUAUAGAGAUCCAGCGGUUAAACAUUGUUACGGGCUGAGCCAGCCGCGGAUAAGGGCUGAUCAGGCCAUCGUACCUAAUAGAGUUUGAGAACUUGAUUGACGGAGAGUUUAAUUAGGUCAAAAGUUAGUAAGUAGAUGGGCAAAUACUUUUAUGAAACGAGGGGUUUUCUGUGAAAAAUUUGCAUAAUUGAGACUAUUUUAUUGAAGGAAGAAUUUUAGAGGAUAGCAUGAAAAGUGAAUUCAGGCCCUUAGCCGCAUUUGAAGCUGAUAACUUACUCAAAAUUAAAUGUUUUACCGUGGAAAAGAAGUUGAUAGUAAAUUUUGAAGUUAACGUUUUUAUAGUAAGGGAGGUGUUAAUAAUUUUGUUAAAAAUCGAAAGAAAAAAAAUUAAAGGGUUUUAGGGGGAAUUUUUAUUAGGUUGGGAUCAUGGGAUAUUUCAAAGUAUUAUAUUGCCAGGAUUGUAAAAGAUUUUUUGAAAUUGAUUUUAGGAAAUUCUAAUCAGGGAUUUGGUCACGCGUUUUCAUAAAUUAUAUUAUUUAUAAUAAGGCAGGCAUAUUUUAUCUUGUACUAU